AUGUCAGAUGAAGUUUUCUCACCAAAAUUUGAGGAUUUGAUGCAAUUGAGCUCAAUUGGAUUGAAUAAUUCUCUUUCUUUUUGGAGUGAUAUACAUAAUCCGUCGAAUUUAGAAUAUUUAAUCGCAAAAGCAAAUUCAUUUGUCAACCAGAAACGAUUUGUUGAUGCAAUUCAACUGAUAGAAUCCGUUAAACCAGAAAAUAUUACAAAUGAGCAAGCAAAAAUUACAUUUUAUGAAGUUUUACUCGAAUCAUAUUACGAAUUAAACAAAUUUGAUAUGAUAUCAGGGAUUUUAAAUAGCCAACAAUUUAAUGAAAUCGAAAAAAGUCUUAAACUUAACAUAUUGGCUGGAAAAUGCUACUUAAGAAUUGAUCAAACACAAGGAAUGGGAAAUGGUGCAUUCCCGUUUUUCUUUACAGCGUAUUCGCAAUUUCCUUAUUCCAUAGAUAUAAUUGAUUACUUAAUUGCUCUUGGAUUCACAGAUUUUCAGGAAUAUCCAGGAAAUGAUUUAUUUAAUCAAUACGUUGAAGCGAGAAAAAAUAUAUAUUUCUGCAAAUACAAAGCAGCAAAAGAUAUUUUAUUCGAAUUAGACAAGAAAUUCCCAAAAUGUCGGCCAAUUUUGGUCCAACUUUGCAUUUGUUGCCAUAUGAUGAAAGAUGAUAGAGGACUUGAGCUAUUUGUAUCACAAUUACCAUGGAAUGAGCUCGAAAUCAUCGAUCUUCGAGCAGAUUUUUUAAAAUCUCAAGGCAAAGAAGAGGAAUUAAGCAAUUUAGUAGUCGACGCUUUAAACUACAAUCCACAAUCUGCUAAUGCAUGGCUCGCUUUUAGCCAUCUGCAAGAGAUGAAACGAGAUUCAAACCGUGCUCUUCAUAUUACGAGCCACGCCAUUAAUUUGGAUCCGAAAUCGUAUCGUGCAUAUUUUAGGCAGGGAGAGCUAAGGUUUUCUAAAGGGGAUAUCAACAGUGUGAAAAAAGCGAAAGAAUCUUUCCUUAAAGCUCAUCAGAUACACGCCGAAAUAUACACAUAUGAUGCUCUUGUCCACUGUGAGAUGUUUAUUGGUAACACAGAAGCAGCAACUGUCCUUUCAUUAGAAGCUUGCCAAAAAUUCUCUGAUAAAAAUACUCCUGAAGGAUCAAUGGCACUUACAAUAUUAGCUAUAGCCCAAGGAAGAGUCAAACCAAACGAAUCCCUUGAACUUUUACGAACAGCUUUGAAAUGCGACGGAGAAAACAUGGAAGCUCUUGGUAGACUUGUUGAUUGCCAUUGUGAAUCACAACAGUUUGAAAUGGCAAUACAGUUGCUCCAAGAAUUCUCUGAUUGUAAGAGCAUUUUCUUCAUUUAUUACAAAUUUGCCGAAGUUUACACUUAUAUGAAGCAAUAUGAGAAGGCACUGGAAUAUAUAGACAAAGCAUUAUCACUUAGACCUAAUAAUGAUCGAGCAACAGAACUAAAAUCUCAUAUUAUUCAAAUGAUAGAGCUAAAUGAAGAAGAUGACGUCGGUGGAGCAAGAUUUAUAUUGUAA